AUGGUAAAAGAAAAAGCUGCCAACUUCACAUAUUCUGUGACUGAUCUAUGCUAUGAGAUUGAUCACUUCAGCUACAAACUAACCUCAAGUCCUUCAGUCAUUUGUGUGAUCUUAUAUUUCUUUCUUGCUCUGUUGUCUGUCAUCACUGUUUGUGGGAAUCUCCUUGUGAUCAUUUCAGUUGCGUACUUCAAGCAGCUGCACACUCCCACUCACUCUCUCAUCCUGUCUCUGGCUGUGGCUGACCUGCUGGUUGGGAUCCUAGUUUUCCCUCUCAGCAUGGCGUUCUCUCUCAGCUCCUGUUUGUUUUAUGAGGGUUUGUUUUGUAAGGUGCGGGACAGUUUCGACAUCACCCUCAGCACCUGCUCCAUCAUGAAUCUGUGCUGCAUUUCCGUUGACAGAUAUUUUGCUGUGUGUCAGCCGCUGAUGUACAAAACUAAAAUCAACCAACGUGUUGUUGUCGUCAUGAUCGUGAUGAGCUGGGGGGUUUCUGCACUUGUCGGAAUGGGAGUGAUAAUUGUCGGGUUCAACAACACUGGAUGUGAAGAUUCCUGCUUGAUUAAUGUGUUAAUUGGAAACAUAACUGGACCCGUUUUAUCCUUUUACUUCCCAGUGAUCAUCAUGCUGUGUAUCUAUCUGAAGAUUUUCCUUGUUGCUCAGCGACAGGCGAGAAACAUCCAGAUCAGAGCAAAGUGUGUAGACGGUGUUAGCAAGAUAGAGAGAAAAUCCACCAAAACUCUGGCUACUGUUCUAGGAGUUUUUCUCUGCUGCUGGACUCCUUUCUUUCUGUGCAUCACGUUCCUGCCUUUUUUCAGCAGUCCAGUCCCUGUUCCUGUGAUCGAAACACUGUCCUGGCUCGCCUUAUCAAACUCAACCCUGAAUCCCUUCAUUUAUGCUUUCUAUUACAGAUGGUUCAGGUCAGCCUUCAAAAUUAUUAUCUCAGGAAAAAUAUUCCAGAAGAAUGUUUCUAAUUUAAAACUGACCUGACUCAUAGUUUGUUGGAAAGAUGCAAUUGAUACUGCAGUACAACACUAAGUAAAAGAUGCCCAGAUGUAUGCAUAACAAUAUUUUACUAAAAGAAAAUUACAGCCUCUCUGAAAAAGGUAGACAGAAGGUAGUAAUGUAGGAGUAAUCAACUGGUUUAGAUUUUGUUUAGAAGAAAAACAGGACAGUUGAAAGCUUUAGGAUUGUUGUUAUAUUGUUAAUAACAAAAUGAUUAAUUAAAUUGAACUGAAAUUUUUAAGAAGAGCUGUCAGUUGUUGAGUUUUCUAAAAUCCACAGCAAUGUGCAAUUUGUAUGUGAUGAAGCAGAACACACGUUUCAAACAUGAAGGUGAAUCUUUUUUUUUUUUUUUAAUUGGCGCUGAUUUGAAGACAAUUGAAAACGGAAAAAUACUGUAUUCCUUUUGAUGUUCAUCUGUUACAUUUGUCUAAUUUAAGUGCACUCACACCAAGAGUCUUUAGGCAGAUGAUAUGGUAGCAAUAUUUUAUUCUUUGAGUGAAAUGUCUCAAUAAAACAUAACAUUUGUAAUAAAAGCUGUAAUUUAAAAAAUGUGCUCAUUUUUUUAUUUUAUUUUAUUCUUCAAAAAAUUGAGUUGCAAUAUUGCCCAUUUUUCUGUAGAUUAGAAUAACAGUACCUUUUUUUUAAACAUAAAAGUUGAAGAUCAUUUUAAUUCGAAUUGUAAAUACAGGAUUGAUAAAUUAAAAGUGAGAUAGGUUCCAUCUUUUAGCACUAUCCUUAGGCCGGCUUGCACUGUAAUGGUGCAUACACACUGAACGCGAUUCGCACGACAAAUUUGCGUUCCCUGCCCCUUUUACCCCGCGCAGGGAAUUCGCUGCCAGCCGCUUGUUAAAUAAUGUGUUCCUGAUGCCGCGGCUGCAUGUGGGAGGAGCUACCAGCUCUAUCUGUUGAUGUGUCACUUAUGAAUGCAUGUAUGCAGCGCGAAUCGCGUUUGGUGUGAAUGCAACAUAACGGGGCUGCAUUUGACAACUGUGUCUGUAACACACCAAAAGCAGCACAAAUUUAAAGCUUAGACAAGGAUCAGCCGUUGUAUGGAGUCAAAUCAAGAUCAGUUUAAAGUGAAUAAAAAACCCACAUUGCAAAUUUGAAAAAUGGACACUGUCUAUUAUUUCUAUAAUUUGAAAAAAAUGUGAUAAUUUGAAAACCGCUUCAAAAGCAACUUAUCCAUUGUAUACCCCGAAAAAAAAUAAACAAAUAAGAAAAUUAAUAUUUUUCAAUUUUGAAGAAAUGCUGAACAAUUAAAGAAAAACAAAUACAAUCCUAAAACUGUUAUCAAAUAAGAAAAAAAAAAGUUUAUCACAUAAACCAAACUUUUAGAGAGCUUUAUCUCUACUGUAAACCUCAUCAGGGGUGAAGGCCUCAUUCAAAACCAUUUUUAUAAAUAUGGACAGGCCCCCUAGAUACAGUGCAGAAUUUAACCAUGAGUUUAAUGAAUAGAUGUCUACGAUCUGUACUGAUUUUGACUGUAUAAUUAUAGUUGGCGAUUUUAACAUCCAUUUUGACAACCCCGAGAACAAAGAAACUAAAUAAAACUCUGGACAACUUUGGUUGACUCAACCUGUAACAGAAGCCAUGUUAUUUAUUUAUUUAUUUAUUUAUUUCAAAUGUAUUGAUUAAUUUAUUGUAUCCAAAACUGAAGCUGUCAAAACUGUUGAUGAAGUUUACAAUCAACUUGUCAAUAAAGUUGACAAAAUCCAACAAAUCUUGCUGUCCCUGCUCUUGCUCCUUCAGUGCUUAGAAUUGUGCACAGUCUCAUUGCAGGUCCUCCUUGAACACUUCAAGUUUUCUCCGAAAGGAGUGAAUGGCUGUCAUCAACUCACGGAUUGAAUUGAAUUGUCUUUUUCAGUCUUC